AUGCAGUCUAAGCUUUUCAGCAAAGAAGAAAACAUGAGCCUCCUUCCACCUGAGGAUCAAGGGCUCCAGAGAGUGCACACCAGUGUCCCAACAGAGAUUGAUAACAUUAUCGAAGAAGUGAACGAGGCCAUGACCCCAAAUGAAGUAGCGAAGGUGGAGUGCGAGUGCUGUGGGAUGUCUGAGGAUUGCACGCCAACCUACAUCAUCCGAAUCAAAGAAUUUUUCUGCGGCAAAUGGGUCUGCGGGUUCUGUUCAGAAGCAGUAAAGGAGCAGGUGAAGCGAACUCCAGCGCUGACCAUGGAAGAAGCCAUGGAGUCCCACAUGGCCCUCUGCAAGAAGUUCAACAGGACCACCAGGCUCAACCCUAAGCUCUCCUUAGCCGGUGCAAUGAGAGAUAUUGCUAGGAAAAUCUCUCAACGUAGGAUUUCCAUGGGCUCAUGUGUGCCCAAGAUUUCUAGAACCAGUAGCUGCGGUGAGGUGUUCGACUUAAAAAUCAAACGGUCACCUAUCCAGUGA